AUGUCAGAAGCACAAGCAGCUCAACAAGCCGCCAACAACAGUACCAUGGCUCAGUUCAUGAAGCCCAAAUUCGCUCGAGCGCCGAUCAAAGAAGCCGGUCGGGUAGCCUAUCUCGGGGAGUCCUCAAACUUGUCGCUGCUUGUCCACGAUCGACAUGGCACUACAGACGUUGUGCACUAUCCGUUACCAGAAAACAUCAGGGGCGCUCGCGCUCGGCUGACGGAGCCUGACCAAAUGGAGAUUGAGAUUCUCCAGCAGAGGGGGGCAUUUCUGUUACCUCCUCGCGCUCUGUGCGAUGAGCUUGUUGACGCCUACUUUCGAUGGGUCGCUCCUAUAGUGCCAGUCAUCAAUCGAAGCCGGUUUAUGAAGAGGUACAGGGACACCAAGAAUCCUCCAUCGUUGUUGCUGCUUCAAGCCAUUCUGUUGGCGGGUUCCCGGGUCUGCACAAACCCGCAGCUGAUGGAUGCUACCGGCUCUACCACGCCGGCAGCAAUGACUUUCUACAAACGUGCCAAGGCUCUGUACGAUGCGAACUACGAGGAUGAUCGCAUCACUAUUGUUCAGGCUUUGAUACUGAUGGGCUGGUACUGGGAGGGCCCCGAAGGUAAGGGCCAGGCAUCCACCGAAUUCGCCGACUCUGCUCGGUCUAACAUAGCAGCAGAUGUGACCAAGAAUGUGUUUUACUGGACUAGGAUGGCUAUUGUAGUCGCCCAGGGCGCCGGUAUGCAUCGAAGCGUGGAAAGUUCGCAGCUAAGCAGGCAGGACAAGCGACUGUGGAAGCGAGUAUGGUGGUCUCUUUUCACCAGAGACCGCUCUGUAGCAGUCGCUCUUGGUCGGCCUGUGUCAAUCAACACGGAUGAUUCAGACGUCGAGAUGAUCACCGAGGAAGAUUUCAUUGAAGACGAGGGCGAUCCGAACAACGAGUACGAAGCCGACCCUGUCCAUAUCCAGUUUUUCUUGCAGUAUGUCAAGCUGUGUGAGAUUAUGGGCCUUGUACUUUCUCAACAAUACUCGGUUGCCUCGAAGGCACGACGCACAAACGCCAUCGACCUGACUCAUAGUGACAUGGCUCUGGCCGACUGGCUGCAGAACUGUCCCCGGGAGGUAUAUUGGGAACGGUCACGGCAUCAUUUCUGGUCGGCGCUGUUACACUCGAACUACUACACCACACUUUGCCUCCUGCAUCGAGCACACAUGCCACCGGCAACAGCCAAACCCCACGAUUACGAAAACGUCGAUAUGGCUUAUCCUUCAAGGACGAUCGCUUUCCAAGCCGCCGGAAUGAUCACGUCAAUCAUGGAAAACCUCCUUGCUCACGAUCAGGUCAAAUACACGCCUGCCUUCAUUGUGUACAGCUUGUUCUCGGCGCUCAUCAUGCAUGUUUACCAGAUGCGCUCAUCUGUACCUUCAGUCGUUGCUGCCAGCCAGGAACGCAUCAACGUGUGCAUGAACGCCUUGAAAGAAGUGUCUAAAGUGUGGCUUGUUGCCAAAAUGGUACACACCUUGUUUGAAUCCAUCCUGGGCAAUAAGGUGCUUGAGGAAAGACUGCAGAAGGCAACCGGGAAAAAGGCACAACGAACCAAGAACAACCAGCGUGGCCCAGAGCAAGGCCAUGCGAAUGGCAACGCAAACGGCCUGGGAAACACCGCAUCUGCAACAACGCCCAUUCCCGCACCUCCCACAAAUCCCGCCAAGCGCAAAUACGAUGACAUCGAUCUCGUAUUCAACGUUGGGCCACCAGCUCCUCAGAUGUCGUACGAACGGUCACGACCGCAAACACCCGCUGUCACACCAUCACGCGAACUACCUCAGCAGCAACAGCACGGGAAUUACCUGGGCUCACCUCCAUUACAGAACGAACAGUAUCUACCGCCGUCCAGAUCUCGAGGAGCUUCCCGUUUGCCAUCUCGAGGUCCCACGAGAGCAAACUCUCCCUUCAAUGGAUACUCUAUCCCCGCCACGCCUCCCGAUCUUUUCCUCGUCACACGAGACUCGCCCAACAUUUCUCAGCAACUAUGGGAGAACUUCCAGCCUGACCAGCUCUUCCCGGACGGCACAAUCGGUGACGUCGCGGGCUUCGGCAAUAGUCCCGUCAUGAAUCAUGCUGUUGAUCCUCAGUUGCGACAAUUGCAAAGCCAGCAAACUGGCAUGACGCCGGGAGGCCAGCAGAUCCCGCAAAUAGACAUCUCGGGAACGGGACAGCAGCAUCCUCAGGUAUGGCCGCCAGGGAUGUCCGGCAUGAUGGGUGCGGGAAUGGAAAUGCAUGAUAGCGACGGUUGGUCGACCAGUAGUAUUGGGAAUGCCCCCGUUGCUCCGACAACUCUAAAUGUUGAAGAUUGGUUCCAGUUCUUCGGCAUCAACGGCGAGAUGGCCGGGAUGGGUAUGGAUGGUUCUGGACCUUGA